UGCAGUGUGGCGCUCCCAGCUCUUAACGACACCUUAUGUGCUCGGCAUGACACAUCUCGCUUGCUAAUGCGUGGUUAUCGUAGGAGACUGGGACGGAAAUUUUAGGAGCAUCAAACACGCGUACAAGUAUCGGCGAAGCACGUCGGGGAAGGAAUAUGUUUUGGAGUCAAGUCUGCGGAUUCGGUGUACUAUCGAUCUUUCCACUGAGGAAUGUUACAAGUUCACGGACUUCACACCCCAGUCAUAGUGAACCUCCACACAUUCAGCAUUGUCCUCAUCACUGGCGCCGAGGAGGUUCCGCUAAAAAACCACCCCCUCCUUCGCCGAAUUCAUCGUCUGCCAACUCUCGUUCACUGGAGACACACCCGACCCACACUGCGCUGCCACCCUCUAGUGCAAAAUCAUCCCCGAGAACCCCGACUUUGGCGUCCUCAUCCCCCACCGACAGAAGCGUUGAGGAAUCCGUCACAAUCCUCAUGAAGACCAUCAUAAAUCAUUUUGGACAAGUCAAUUGUUAUGCCAAUGUCGAAGAUGAGGGGAAGUAUAUGCUCGUACAGGAGCCAAUUACCUGUAUGGAGAAAAAGUAUCGGCUCAUCACGCCUAUCACCUCUAUAAGGUGCCCCUUCAAGUGCGGGAGCAUUGUCAUGUCAGCGGUGGUGAUCGCCUCGCCUAACAAAGCAGCAUAUAUGCGCAUGAAAUAUCUGACAAACGGCUUAACUAAGGCUGCAGCUCAAGACUGCAACAUCCGUAGCCAUGCCAUUCUCCUCGGUACAUCUAUACCGAACCCACGCCGCCACCACGUGCGAGACCAUCUUCCACGAGUGCAAGCUAGUAAGAUUGCGGACCUCGGAGUUCAUCGAGGAGCGAGCUCAUGACAGGGACCAGUGUUUCAGUCGAUGUUACAGACUUUGAUCUGAACGAAGAUA